AUGUCUAAACCGGAGGCUCAGCUCGAGAAAGAGAAACGGGAUAAGCUCCAGUUUAAGAAAGAAACAAAGAGGUUGAUUCAUGCGCUUGCCUUGAUCGACGCAUUGCCGACACUUCUUACGAAAGUGGAGGAGUUGUGCAAGGUAGACUCACCAAAGCUACCCGCAGUACCAAGCACCUCAAGAGCGGUUUCCCAUGAACUGCGCAGCCCUGAACAGAGGAAGAUUCAUACCUCUACUUCAGGGCCGAUAACUGCAGAAAUGCUGCGGAGGUCCAACACUAAGGACCCCCAAAAGUUGACAAAUGAUUUGCUGACAUGCUUGUUUGAUGAGCAGCACCUUGCUACUCAUUCGUUGACUGGAAGGAAGUCGGCCAAAGUGGAGGAAUCCAGACGGAAAGAGUGCCUUAAUGGCAAUGCCGUGAAUGUCAUUGUUGAGACUGUCCGCAGCUUUUUUCCAGAUCGGAAGCCAAAUGAUGUAAAAGCUUACAUCAGAGUAAAACUUAACAAUGUGUAA